AUGUCCGAGAGCACGCCCGUGGCGCAAACGGGCAUCAGGGAUCCUUUCCAACACCUCACUUCUGAAAUACGAGAAAUGUUUAUAACCUAUCUUGACUAUUACAAAGAUUUCAACAGUCUAUAUCUAGCUUCACCUAUCAUGAGAAAGGAACGGCGGACAAGCACACUGUUAUUGACAUCAGAAUCCUUGGAGAGCAAAUUCGGCGGUACACGCGACGUCGCUUUCAUUGAGGCUCAUAUGUACCUGUUGCUUUCCAAAAAUGUACUGUCUGAUAAGAACUACAAGCUCUGGGAGAAGAGGAAGCUUCCACAUCCGCUCUUUUCAACCCAAUCAGAUAUGGUAUUCCGAAUGAACGCUCUAUACCAACGCCUGAUGGAUUGA